CGAAAACAUAAGCUACAUCGCUUACUUUCAUCAUGAAACCAAUAGAUCCUCAUGUCAAACUCACAGAAGCUCUCGUCACUUCCUUUCGUCGAAGACAGAUUGUAGGAUCGAGAAAUGUGGCUAUAGCUACCGCUGCGUUGAUUCAGAAUCUGGUCCGGAGUGCAAAGUACACUACCAUCGAUGAACUUUUGGCUUUGAUCAAGAUGGUAGGGAGGAAAUUGGUCGAAGCUAAUCCUUUGGAACUAGCUAUUGGAAACAUAAUCCGACGUAUUCUUCGUCUUAUAAGAGAAGAAUACCGAGCUGCCGCAACCGCACAUCUUUCCGCUCCUCCUUCCGCUCCAGAAACCCCUUUUCUAGGUCCUACCACACCAGGACUCCACGCUCCUUCUUCACAUUAUCUUUCAAACGAACUCUCCUUCACUUCCCCUUCUGGAUCACCACGACCCAAUCUUGACCUCGGCGGGGGGAUGGAACGUGCUGCUUCUUUAUCAAAUUUCGUAGUUAUGAGACAUUCUCGUGCUCAGUCACAAUUGGAAAGAAGUGGUUCGUUAGUUGAUUUAUCAACAAGUACAAGUAAUCUGUUCAUGUCCCCAACUAGGAACGAAGAUCAGGGAGUGAGAAUGGUGGAUUUGAAAAGAGUUGAUAGUGGGGAAUUUAUGAGACAAAGUGGGAAAUUGAAACCUGUUUUGUUACAGGCUAUAGAGGAGGUACAAGGGGAAUUGGAAAGUACUCAUGAGGAUGUGGCUAAGGGUGCUAGGGAACAUAUUCAUGGGAGUGAGAUAAUCCUCACUUUGGGACAUUCAAAAACCGUCGAAGCGUUUCUUAAACAUGCGUAUAGAGAUAGAAAAUUUACAGUUGUAGUUGCUGAAUCAGCUCCUUCCUACUUAGGUCAUUCCAUGGCAUCAUCCCUUUCCUCAGCUUCCAUCCCAACUCUUCUCAUACCAGAUUCAUCCAUCCACGCUUUGAUGCCAAGAAUAACAAAACUCGUCUUAUCUUGUCAUACCGUCUUAGCCAAUGGUGGUCUUUUCGCUUUAUCCGGUACUUUAUCAGCUUGUUUAGCCGCUAGAGCAUAUUCUAAACCAGUCAUGAUCGUCACUGGACAAUUCAAAUUCGCACCAGCUUGGAAUAGUUAUCAUGAUUAUUCAGCUGUUGAUUUCCAAGGUCCUGGGAGAUUGUGGGGUGAUAGGGAUGAAUUAGGUGUUGGGGAUAAAUAUUCUCUUACCCUCAAUAAUCUUCAACAAGAUGAAAAGACAACAUUUGUUGAGGUGAGGGAAAGUGGUGGACAAGGGAUCAAGAAAGAAGGUGGUGGUGAUGGUGAAAAAGGAGAAGAAGGAGGAGAAGGAGGAGGUGGAGUUCAGGUAAUGGGAAGUUAUUACGAUUACGUUAAACCUGAAUUGAUAAAUCUUUUCGUCACUAAUGAAGGUGAUCAUUCACCUAGUUAUAUCUAUCGUCUGAUUAAAGAAGCAUAUGAUGAUGAAGAUGUAGAAUUGUGA